CUCUCUAAUUGACUCAUUCUCUGAGCCACCUUUUGUCAUUUCUUUCUUGCUUCUUCCCUCCUCUCCAUCUUCUAUUUCUAAUUUUCUAUCACUUUACUGCCUCUCGACAUCCAACUAUGAACUGUACCCACCCUGAUCGAUCACCAAAUCCUUCUUCUUCUUAAUUACUUGGUCUCUUUAAAUCCAACUCAACCCGGCCAGACUCGGUCACUACCUUAUCCCUCACUAUAUAUAUCACUUUCCUACCUACACAUUCAUCUUCUUAUUUGAUUCUAGCUUGCUAAUCCAACUCAACCCUGCAGACCCUUGAUUCUUCAUUUGGGUUUCCAUCGAUUCAGAAAUUCCUGAUUUCACUAUACUUGCUAGUACGUACGUCCAAGCUAUAGGAUAAGCAAAUGGCCGAGCCUGGCCGAACCCAGCAGCCUCAGCCGGGGACCUACGUCGUCCAAAUCCCCAAGGACCAAGUUUACCGCGUCCCACCCCCGGAGAACGCCACCCUUUACAACAAGUACACUUCCCAAAAGCCUCGCCCCCGCAACUGCUCCUGGCUCCUUUUCAUCGUCGCCUCUCUCCUCCUCCUCCUCCUCUCCGCCGCCCUCUUCUACCUCCUCGUCCGCCCCGAGUCCCCCAACUACUCCGUCCAAACCAUCUCAUUCAAGGGCUUCAACCUCACCGCCCCCGCGUCCUCUCAGCAGGUCAACGUGGCCGUGCGUGCCGAGAACCCCAACAGGAAAAUCGGGAUAUACUACAAGCAGCCACACAGCUCCGCCAACGUCUUCUAUGCUGACAUCAAGCUCUGUCACGGCGCCCUGCCCGCCUUUUAUCAGCCGCCCAAGAGCGUCACGGAGUUGGAUGCGGCGCUGACCGGGACGGGGAUCAGGCUGACCAACGCGGCGCGUGACGGGUUAGUGGAGGCGCAGAGGCAAGGCAAGGUGGCGUUGAAGUUGCAUGUCCGAAGCCCCGUUGCACUCAAACUGGGCUCCAUUAAGACGUGGACGAUUACCGUUAAACUUGCCUGUGAUUUAACGGUGGAUCAGCUGGCCCCAGACGCCAACAUUGUGUCCAAACACUGCAACUAUGGUGUACAUCUUUGGUAGACUCCAAGCCAAAAUUUUACAUUCAAUUUAUGUAUAUUAAUUGGUUCUCAUUUUUCUUGUUUCAUAUUCAUUGGGUUUGCAUU